AUGGCCAUCAAACUCCCCGAACACGAGGACGUGGGAGCAAAAAACAGAGCACUACCAUGGGAUAUGCCCAAAAUCCUAAUUGACGGCGGCAGCUCAGUAGAAAUAUUGUUCUACGAAACAUUCAGAAAAAUGGGGCUCAAAUAUGAGUACCUCACACCCUCUACUUAUAACAUAUUUGGCUUUAACGUCUCAACAACUCGUCCUAAAGGCGAAAUAACGUUAGAAAUUAGGGCUGGCAAGAUUGUCACCCCAACCACCGUCUGCAUGGUAGAUGUAUUAUUACCUUACACGACAAUUAUGGGGCGACCUUGGAUCCAUGGGAUUAGAGGGGUAGCCUCAACAUAUCAUCGGAAGCUAAGGUUCCCUACACCUGACGGGGUGGCAGAAUUCACUGGAGAUCCCGGAGAAGCAAAGUAUUUCUACAAAGUAGAAGUCCAAUAUGGAAAGAACAAAGUGAACUCCGCCAGGUCCAGAAAGAGACGAGCUAAGAACGCCAAACACCAAGCAGAAAUCGACGAUUACAUAGCAGAACUAAUGAAAUCAGGCAGUCAGGCGACGAAUCUAUAA